AAAUAAAUCAAAAUUGAAAGUUAAGAAAAUCGAAGAAAUAUUCCAAACGCACGAACCUAUUCCAACGAAAAUCCAGCGAUAGAGAGAUAACAACGACUCCAAAGGCGGCCCCAAAAUUGAGGGAAUACAGAAAAGCAGCCCCAGCACCGGCAGAGAGUUUAGUUUGUUCUCAGACGCCGGCUGCAGUGGUUCGUUCAAUACAGCUCUAAAUUUGCCACCACCAAAUUUUAAGUCCUCAAAACGGCAGUUUUAUUUUCUCUCGUUUGCAAUCAUACGAGUUUUGCCUUUUGGAUAGCUAACAAAAAGAACUUUAACUUACUUCCAACAACAAUAUUAAAUAAAACGAGAAUGUCGUACCAUAAGCCUGAAGCAAAAACUGUCCAGGAUCUGAAGGAUUUGGCUCAUAAAUUGCGUAUACACUCGAUUGUGUCCACCGAGGCCUCAAAAUCAGGUCAUCCAACAUCAUGCGCCUCGCUGGCUGAGAUUAUGUCGGUGUUGUUCUUCCAGCAGCUACGUCUCAAUGUAAAGCAUCCACGUGAUCCCUCAAGCGAUCGUUUUAUCCUUUCCAAGGGUCAUGCUGCUCCCAUUUUGUAUGCUGCCUGGGCUGAGGCUGGUUUGUUCCCCAUUGAGGACCUUAAGAAUCUGCGUAAGAUCGACAGCGAUUUGGAAGGACAUCCUACACCACGUUUGAAUUUCAUUGACGUGGGCACCGGUUCUUUGGGUCAAGGUGUGGCUGUCGGAGCCGGCAUGGCCUAUGUGGGCAAGAACUUUGACAAGGCCGAUUAUCGCACCUAUGUGGUUGUGGGCGAUGGUGAAUCCGCUGAGGGAUCUGUGUGGGAGUCUCUGCACUUUGCUGGCCACUAUGGGUUGGAUAACUUGUGUGUCAUCUUUGAUGUCAACCGCCUGGGUCAGUCUGAGCCUACAUCAUUGCAACAUAAACUGGACGUGUACAGAGAUCGUUUGGAAGCUUUUGGAUUCAAUGCUUUGGUAGUGGACGGUCAUGACGUCGAUGAGUUGUGCAAGGCCUUCCAUUGUGCCGCCAAUACCAAGAACAAGCCCACGGCAAUUAUUGCUAAGACAUUCAAGGGCAAGGACUUCCCCCAAAUUGAGGAUCUAGACAACUGGCACGGUAAGCCUCUGGGCGCCAAGGCUGAUACAGUUAUCAAGCAUCUCCAAGGACUGAUCGUUAAUCCCAAUGUCAAACUGACUCCCAAGAAGGUUGGCAAGACUGGCCUGGCCCCCGAGGUCGAUAUUAGCAAUGUAAAGCUCUGCACUCCUCCCAAUUACAAAUUGGGCGAUUCCGUGGCCACUCGAUUGGCCUAUGGCACUGCUCUGGCUAAGAUCGGGGCUGAUAAUGACCGAGUGAUUGCUCUUGAUGGCGAUACCAAGAACUCCACUUUCUCCGAUAAGCUGAGAAAUGCUUUCCCAGAGCGUUACAUUGAGUGCUUUAUUGCCGAGCAGAAUCUUGUGGGUGUGGCCAUUGGAACCGCUUGCCGUCGCCGUACUGUUGCAUUUGUAUCCACGUUUGCAACAUUCUUUACCCGUGCCUUCGACCAGAUUCGCAUGGGCGCAAUUUCUCAGACUAAUGUGAACUUUGUCGGCUCCCACUGUGGUUGCAGUAUUGGUGAGGAUGGUCCAUCCCAGAUGGGUCUCGAAGAUGUAGCCAUGUUCCGUACUAUUCCUGGCAGCACGAUCUUCUAUCCAUCGGAUGCUGUGAGCACAGAGCGUGCCGUUGAGCUGGCUGCAAACACAAAAGGUGUUUGCUUCAUUCGUACAUCACGCCCCAACACCAGUGUCAUUUACAACAAUGACGAACCCUUUACCAUUGGUCGUGGCAAGGUAGUGCGCCAGAAGCCCUCCGAUGAGGUUCUCUUCAUUGGUGCCGGCAUCACUCUCUACGAGGCCUUGGCAGCUGCUGAGCAGCUAGAAAAGGAGUGUAUUACCGCUCGUGUGAUUGAUCCCUUCACUGUGAAGCCUCUGGAUGUUGAUUUAAUUGUGGAGCAUGGCAAGCAAUGUGGCGGACGCAUUGUUGUUGUGGAGGAUCACUACCAGCAAGGCGGUUUGGGUGAGGCUGUUCUCAGCGCUUUGGCUGAGCACCGUAACUUUGUGGUCAAGCAUCUUUAUGUGCCAACUGUUCCACGUUCAGGACCUCCAGCCGUUCUUAUCGAUAUGUUCGGCAUCUCCGCCCGCAACAUUGUUACUGCCGCCAAAGCCAUCUUGAAGAAGUAGAAACAUGGAAUGAAUUUUUGUAUUUCCAUAGCUUACAUGCACAUAUAAUUAAGUUUGAUCCAUUUAUACAGGAAAAUUUUCCAAAUCAUUGAUGUAAUUUGUUACACUUUGCCUCCACAUGCCUAUUCGAAUCAUAUGAUGAGGACAAAAUUAAAAUCUUUUUAUAAACAAAA